AUGGCCGAAACCGUCACCCGCGACAACCACGUCUACCUCGCCAAGCUCGCCGAGCAGGCCGAGCGUUACGAAGAGAUGGUCAACAACAUGAAGGAUGUCGCAUUCUCCGACACUGAGCUCUCUGUCGAGGAGCGCAACCUGUUGUCGGUCGCCUACAAGAACGUCAUUGGUGCCCGUCGUGCCUCGUGGCGCAUUGUUUCCUCGAUCGAGCAGAAGGAGGAGUCCAAGGGAUCGGAUGCCAACGUCGCCAUGAUCAAGAAGUACCGCACCAAGAUCGAGGAUGAGCUCGCUGAUAUUUGCAACGACAUCCUCGACGUUCUGGAGAAGCACCUUAUCCCUUCGGCCACUUUGGGCGAGUCCAAGGUCUUUUACCACAAGAUGAUGGGCGAUUACCACCGCUACCUCGCCGAGUUUGCGACCGGUGACAAGCGCAAGGACGCUGCCGACAAGUCUCUCGAGGCCUACAAGAACGCCUCGGAAGUUGCCAUCACCGAGUUGCCCCCUACUCACCCCAUCCGCCUCGGACUGGCCCUCAACUUUUCCGUCUUUUACUACGAGAUCCUGAACUCGCCCGACCGCGCCUGCCAUUUGGCUAAGCAGGCCUUUGACGAUGCCAUUGCUGAGUUGGACACCCUCAGCGAGGAGAGCUACAAGGACUCGACUUUGAUCAUGCAGCUCCUCAGAGACAACCUCACCCUCUGGACCUCCGACAUGCAGGGCUCCAACGCUGAGCAGGGUGAUGCCGCAGAACCCCAGGACACUGAGGCCUAA